CCUCUGACGCAAAACACUCCCCUCCUUCCUCCGCUUGACUCAGGCGCGUAUCCCCCCCUCCCUCCCUUAAAUAGCCUGGAUCUGCUCGUAGAAGAGAGCUGAUACGAAGAAGCUUCAAGCCUUUGCGUGCCAACUUGCUUGCUCCGCCGGCCAUGGUGCCUCGCGUGGCGCUGCUCAGCCUGCUCGGAAUCGCAGCUCUGGCAGGUAUUCAUUCAGCUCCAGUAGAAAAUGAUGACCAUGCUGGAGAAAUGAUAACCCGAUGUAUUAUAGAAGUCCUUUUGAACAGUCUGUCAAAAGGCAAUUCUCCGCUGAUUAAUCCACAGUGUAAGGAGCUUCUGAAGAAAAGUGAACAACAAAAAGAGAAAAAUGUACAGCAAGACAUGGAACUUGGCACAAGAACCUUAUCGGAAUCAGAAGAAUUAACUAAGCAGUCAGAAGGGACUGUGAGGGAAGAACAAGAUGUGAGUGAAGAAGAGUUUAAAAGACAGACAGAAGGAGAUGAUAAGUGGCACCUGGAAACGAAAAAAAAAGGGGGAAGCAGCAACCCACAAACUGCCUCCCAAGGGACCUCUUAUGCUUUGGAUAGAGACCAUAAAGAAGAAAAGAAAGAGAAUGAAAAAGGAGCCGAGGAAGAUAAUUACAAAAGAAAUCACCACAAUGAAGAUGGAAACAAGGAAAAAAAGGCCGGCGAAGAAAUAGAAUCUGUGCCUCUAGAGAAAAAGUCCAUUCUUACAUCUGGAAAAGUGAAUGAGGGAGAUUACAAGCAUUCUCAUGGCCAAAAGUAUGUGGAAGAAAUAAUUCAGAGUCAAGAAAGGGAAAAUGAAGACAGUGAGGAGGAGGAGGAGGAAAAGGAAGAGGAGGAGGAGGAAGAAGAGGAGAGUAAUGAAAAGUAUCGUCAUAGCUUUCAUGAAGAAUUUGAAGAUUCUUCAGAGAGGGACGGUGGUGAAACAGAGAAGCAAGACCACAAAUCAGGACAUUACCGAAGAAAACCAAGAUUGGGUAAGUCCCGUGAAUACAACAGUCAUCACAUUGGUGAAAAAAGAGGCUCAUCUGAAGAGCCCAGUGAGGAAGAAAGUGAAUUCUGGAGUAAAAGGAGUCAUCAACCCAACCAUUAUGAGAGAGGACAUUACUUUGUGGAGCCAAGAAACGCUAUUGAAAUGCAUAGGUCCGAGGAAAUGGAGAGAGAGAUCAGGAACCAAGGAUAUUGGGAUCAACACUACCCCAGCCAAGAGGACAGUGAUGAAGACAUGAAGCAACAGAGCGAGGAAAAUGAAAGGAAACAGUAUCAGUACAUGAAGAAAAGACUUUUCGGUGGGCCAUCAAGGGAGAGCAGACAUCACUAUGAAGUAAGGGUCCCUUACAGCAAAGCAGGGAAGGGAAAUGGAGGUAUGAAACAAAGCCAUGAUAGCAUAAAUGAGAAACGGCACCAUGGCCAACCAAGCAUACAGCUAGAGAUGGCAAAACCACAAAACAAGGAGAGAGAAGGAGAUGGAGAGCAGCAACUCAAUAGCCAAGAAGAAAAACACUAUGCCAGAAAUGAUGGAGAGCUAGAAACUCCACACUACAGCGAGAGAGGAAAACACUUUGAGAAUAAAAGGACUCUUCUGCUAGAGGAGGGCUACCCAAGAAGCCACUAUCUUGUAGAAAAUGUAAAAAGAGCUUUAACAUCACUAUAUUCCCAACAACCCAGGUGGAAAAACAGACCUGUGGACAAGAACGCUGACAUCAUCAAUCCACUGUUGGAGAGUGAAGAACGCAAGUCCCACUUGAAUAAGAGGGAAUUCUUUCCUGAAUAUAAUGAUUAUGACUUGUGGGAGAAGAAACAGAUCCUGGAUAGCUUAAGCCCCAAACAGGACAGCAAUAAUAAUCCUGAGAGGCUAUACAAACCUGAGACAAAAAGGCAGUAUGAUAGAAUGGAUGAGCUGGCCCAUCUUCUCAGCUACCGGAAGAAAUCUGCAGAAUUUCCAGAACUCUACAGCUCAAAAGAAGACGUUGAAAGGGGACACGUAAUAAGAAGUGGCAAGAACAAAUUUAAUCAGAGGCCUCUGACACCAGAAGAGGAGAAAGAACUGGAAAACCUGGCUGCUAUGGAUUUGGAACUGCAGAAGAUAGCUGAAAAAUUCAACAAUAACCAGAGAGGAUGAAUUUUAUUUGACCUAAUGUGGUAUGGUGAAGAGUAGCUUUAUUUAAACUAUCCCGUAUUUACUAGUAAAGUCACUGCCUCAAAUGUUGUUCUCCCUAAUUAGAAAUAGUUUAUCAUCCUUUAAAUAUAUAAUUUACAUCAGUACAAAGCAUCUUUCUGUUCCAAAAGAUUUCUUAAGAUCAGCAUGAAUUCUUGCCUUCUGAAUUUUGAAAUGUAUGAAGAUAAUUGUGUGUGCGUUCUUCAGAAAUAUAUUAUCUUGGUAAAAAAUAAUAAACUUUACAUUGUCUACAUACCGUAGUUAACUGCAUGUGCUCCUGCAUAGCUUGUUUAUGAGUUACACAGGUUUGUCAGAGGAGACACAGUAGUAUGCUUGUAAGUCUAUAUUGGAACUAGUUUUUUGUUCCUUAUAGAUUAGUUUAUUUUGUAGUACCUUGAAAUCUACUUUGGAACGCUGACAGCACCAAAAUAGAUGCGCCAUCUACUCCUAUGUUAUUAUGAGAUAAACUGAACACUCACAGCUUAUGAAAAAAGG